AUGGCGCAAGACGUUUCCACCGAAAAUGUGCAUUUACAGCAGGAAGAAGGUGCCGAAGACGUUUACAGUCCUCUGCAAGAUAUUUUGAAGAGAGAAGACGAAAAUGAUAGAAAACCAGAGAACAAUCUUGCAAACCAACUACUCCAUGCCCUCGGGAAAAAUGAUGCUUUCAAAUGUUGGAAACUUCUGGAAAGGAACCAUGCUAUGGUCCGGCUGGAAUACGAAUACUUCCAAAGUGACUGCAAGGAAGCCAACAAGAAAGAGCAGCAGAGGGAAUGGAGAUUUCAGUGCGACUGUCGGAAUUGCUGCACAAAAAUGUUCAAUUUUUGUCGGGAUUGCUGCACGAGAAUGUUCAAUUUUUGUCGCAACAAGUGCAAAUGUAGUUGUUGUUCGAACUCCGAACUGCAAGGAUCAGAAAAAAAAGGCAUAAAUGAUGAAACAAAACUGAACUGGAUCAAAAUUAUUUCUAACCCUCUGUUGAUUGGUUUGGAAUGGCUAUGGAGAACAAAAUCUAACUGUCAGUGUAAAUUUUGCGAGGAAGAUAGGAAGUUGGUUGGAAAAGAAAAGAAAAAGAAGGAGGAUGUCAUAGAAAGUUCUCUACAUGAUGCAUAUCUACUCGAUGAAACGUCGUCUCUCAAGCACUACAAUAGUCGAGAUGUUUACAGAGAAUCGGCGGAGGCUUACGAAACGUUUGCUGCUGGCGUGCUGGAGAAAGCCUCCCAGAAUGAACUUUACCAGAUCAUGGAUAUAAAAGGAGAGGGCUGCCUUCAGCAAAAUAACCCUCAUCAACACAGGAAUUUUAUUCAAAGUCUGAGCCUUCUCAAGAGUGCAGUCAAUAAGAGAAGAAAGAAGGUACGUGCGCUUUAGUGAUAUUUUGUGGUUAAUAAAGCGCUGUACUGGUAGUAAAUAUUAAUGAUAGAGAUUGAUAAAAAGAGAUAUGCGAUGGUUUUUUCUGUCCACACAUCUAAUAUUCUUUCUGGCGUCGGUUGAAAUACUUGUUCUUCACCACCUUAAUUUUUUUUUCAUUUGUAAUGAAAUUACAAAAACAAUCACUCGAAAAGUCCUGCGUAACCAAGCAUGAUAUAGUUCUGCAACUGAAUGAUUCCACUAGUUGCCUAGCUUUCCUAAACUUUAAUAAAAAUUUGAGCAAUUGUUAUCCUUAUUUUGACCACCAAUGAGAAAAAAAGAGAGUACGCAUGUACAUGUCACUAAACUUGCACUAUACAACGGGAUUGAACGGCGAUGUUAUUUAGCGUCGCAGGAAUGUGAAUGUUGAUUUCUGCACACAGCCAUUUCCUAGAAAUAAUAGAAAUGGCCUCUUAUUACUCUGUCAACAAUGUCCAAACCAUAAAGGCCUCUAACUUGUGAGACUUGUGAGAUGGAGACUGAUCUUUCAAUCUCUUGAUAUCAUAAAUCAGUGACAGCACUUUGCAAUUGAUGUGAUACUGUAGGCCUCUUUUAUUCUCCGCAAGUUUACUCAGAUGAUUACCGAUUCGGUUUUUUUUUCUCAUGGAGUUUGAACGAAAUAACAUCAGACAUAUUAUUUUUAAUUCAUCAUACCUAGUACAGUUCGCAUUUCAUCAAGGGUGUGACCAACAAAACACCCGAGCUGAAAUGUUUAAGUUUGGAGCUCGCCGACCGAUUGAACGUUAAAUCCGUGAUCUAAAAUGUUAUCCUACAUAAGGUGAAAUGGUGAUUCAUAUUCCAUGCCGAAAAUAUUGAGAUGCAAUUAAAUCAUUUUUAAAUAUAAACCUCGCCGGUUGUUUAAUCCAUACUGCUUGUUUUCACAAAGGGAUGAUCGUUGAACAAACGAUGAACGUUGAUCUUUCAAAGAUCUCCUCCUGUUAAGCAGGUGAUAUUUAAAGUUUUCUGACAUAUCUUCUGAUUCCGUUCAGCAUCAGCGGGUUGGAAGUUGUGAAAGAGAAAGCUCUAUCUUUCAGUGUUUGACCGCAAACUUAACUCCCUUGUUAAGACAUUUUAUUACAUCAAAGCAUUCUUACAAAGCUUCGAUGAGUGGGAACCUUAGUCUGUUACUGAAAUACUCGAUCUUCCGGUAGUACAAGUUGAGUUUUUCCUGUCUCAGGAGUGAACGCGUAUCCAUCAGGGCCCAGUUGUUCAAAGGCGAUUAGCAAUUAUCCAGGAUUAAACUUUGAAUCUAUUAUUAGUUGCCCUUAAAAUAUAGUUUUCAUUAGAGCCUUAGGUCUGAGGGGUUUUACCUUAGUGUGACCCAAAACUGAAGAAAAAUUAUAUCCAAUUAAAACUGUCUGCAAAGCUACAAAAACUAAGCCAAAAAUUGUUGGCUAACCCUCGGUUAGUUUAAUCGUACUUAGAACAAUCCGGCCCAGGUUAAUAAACUUUUCAGCUUAAAAAGGGCAUUUUCCCCGAGAUAUUUCCCACUGAUAGAAAAAAAAUCAUCUCUGUAAAUGCUCUGAGACCUUAAAAAGCCCCAUCAUUAUUAUUUAUUGAUCUAAUAAACUAAUAUGUUUAUCUUUAUACGUAUUUGUAGUUUGUUUCAAGUCCAAGAUGUCAAGCUAUGCUCCAUGAGAUUAUCUUUUACGAGAUACGGGAUUGGCAGGACAAGAGCAUAGUAACGAAAUUUUUUUGGUACCUUUGGCAGUUUCUUGUCAUCCUACUUGUUACUCCUUUGUUUUACGUUUUCAUUCGACCACCCAUGAAGAUAUGGCGCUGUUGGAGUGAUAUCAGAUGCCUUGCGUUCAUAGAGAAACUAUAUGAGCAUCCCCACAAUAAGUUUGCAAACCACACCAUGUUUUACAUGGCAUUCCUGUGCCUGCUUUUUGCCUCAACUUUCGGCUUUGAACAUGAUUACAGAACAAGUACAACAGGGGUUUCAAUCGUUGGUAAGUUCUGUAGAUUCACUCUUCUGUGCCCAUUUCACCACUUACAGUGUAUUAGCUAGAAACAACGGCUGAUUCCGCCGAUACCGUUCAAAUUAGCGCCUGGGACUAUUUCCUUAUUUCUUAAUGCAUAAUCCUGAAUUGGAUGGUUAAACUAAUGGGAGGUGUGUGUGUGUGUAGGGGAGGGGGGGGGGGGGGGAAGUAGAGGUUGAACGCAUACGCUCAAUUACUCUUUGGGUUAAAAAUUUUGUUGUCUUUAUCAAUAGAAACCUCAAACUGCAAUGUUCUGAAAAGUAAACUUUUGCGAUAUUAAAGGAAUUUAAUCAACAUCUCGCUAGCGUGAAGCAUUUACCAAAUAUUAAAUUUUUCAAAAAAUAAUGAAACGGUGUCUCCAAUUCACUUUGGCAGUCAUUUGUUUCCCCCAGGAGUAGAUAUUGGUUUCCUGGCAAAAGAAGUUUAAUAAAAGUUAAACUGAACUGCAGUUCUGAUUUGUCCACAGAUGUCUUUGUCAUUUUUUUUGUGGUUGGUCUCCUCCUACAAGAAAUUUGGGAAGUUCCUAAACAAGGAUUUCGUAUCUAUUUUUCGAAAUGGUGGAAUAUCGUGGACGCAAUAACACUUUCUUUAUUCCUGGCAGCUUAUAUAGUGUGGCUCCUCACAUGGUUAAGCGUUCAUGGAGAAUGGCAACCGAGGAAGAAUGCCUUCAUUGUGGCAGAUGUCUUGUAUGCCAGCGCCACAGUGUUAGCGUUCUUUCACCUGUCUCACGCAUUUCAAGUCAGCUCAACUCUUGGCCCUUUGCAGCUUUCAUUGUACAGAAUGCUGAAAGAUGUGGUCAAGUUUAUUUUCAUUUUUCUUAUGCUUUUUAUGGCGUUUGGAACCGGCCUCGUAAAAGUUUAUUCAUACUAUGUGGUCUCUCAAGUGAAACUUCAUGAGGAGGGCGAGAGUCAAUUCCGGGCGUUCCAUCCAUAUGCUCAGUAGGUGGUUGCUAUAUUAUAUAGGAGAGUGGGCGCCCGUAAGCAAACAGACAAUAUUUCAUCCAUCAUUUUAUAUAUAAAUAUUGCUAAAAGAAAUGUAAGGUGCUUUAUUUGAUUUGUUGAGUGGACAGACGAAAAAACACUUACCCAUGUAAUACGUGACAGAUAGAUAAACAUCAGACGCCAAGUUCACAUGUUGACAAUACUGACCAGUAAAAAAGACACCUCAUUUUUUCAUAAUUCACAACUUUUCAGGCACGAGAUCACUUUUAUUGGCUUGGCCUGGUUACUUGUUGGCUACGUAGAAGAAGACAAAGUAACAGUUGAUGAUCCUGCCUUUUACCUUACACAACUGUUUGGUCGCUUGGGUUUCCUCAUCUACCUGGUUUGUACCACUAUCGUUGCUUUAAACAUGCUGAUCGCCAUGAUGAAUAACUCCUUCGAAAGAGUUAUGGUAGGUCUCAAAUUGUGGUUUGUGACAGAUUUUGACUUGAAAUAAUAGGUCCACGAAUGAUGUUUGCCAGUUGGCUUUGUACUUAGUGACGUAAACCACGUCGAUCACUUCCCUAUCAUUGGUCCGCACCAUGACUAAUGUGGAUUCGAGUAAAUAGAGUCAACUUUUGUAUAAAUCAUCAAAUUCCUUUUAUUACUGAGUAUACCUAACUAAUUCGAUCACGAAGAAGCUUAAAAUCUUACCAAACUUGGGGGAAAUUUAUGUGAGUUAUUACAUGUGAUAGAUUUUAACUUAAAAACUGAACUUUCGUUUUUAGGGUGAUGAGGACAAAGAGUGGAAGUUUUCAAGGGCUCAAAUGUGGCUAGAAUAUAUCGACAAAGGAAAUGCAAUACCAGUACCUUUUAACCUUCUGUAUUAUACCUCUUUUGUCCUAAUAUUCAUUAUUGGAAACCUCGUUUGCAGGAUUACAACGGUAUGCUGCGGAUGCAAAUGUAAUGAGAAGGUAAAUGUUAGCAAUUGCCAUUUUGAUUUUGGAAUACUUGCAAAAUCCUUUUAGUGAGAUCUUGGUUGCACUUUCAUCAUGAUUCUGAGGAAAAGGGCUCGGAGAAAUCAAUUCCGUUUGCUUCAUUUAACCCCCCCCCUCCAGGAGGAAACAUUUUUCGAUAUGACCUGGUCUCUUAUUAAAUCCCGCAAGCACACAGAAACAGAUAAAAUCAACUAGUAAUUCUGAGAAAUGUAACAUGUGAAUCUAAAUAUAAAUUCCAACAGAUCGUAUAAUAUCAAGUGUAGAUGUCAAUUCCAACAGAUCUUAUCAAGCGUACUUCAGAAACAUUGGAUGUCUCUUGAGUAAUAACUUACUUUGGCGCUAAAAUAGGUUUUGUGUCAUUUUGCUGCUUACUUUGACAGAAACAGCGAGAGGAGAGAAGAGGAGCUGCUGAGGUACACAAAAUGAAAGAGCCAAUUUAGAUGUAAACCUUACUCGUUGUUUCGUUACGUCAUCUCAGGCGCCCAGUCCCAUGGCUGAUUGCUAUUGCAAGAAGCCUGGUGAUGAGGGCUGUCGUUUGUCUCCUUUUUUUGCGUUUUAAACAUUCCAGAUCAUGGUGGUAAAUGCUACGAUGGGUUGCCUAGAUCUAAAUAAUUCACUUACGGGCAUUAUUCCCAAUUCUUUACUUUCAGAUGCAAGCCAGUCAUAAAGCCAAUGGAGUAGAAAUGAAUGUUGAAGAAGGCGAUCCACACCAGGUACUGUGGGGCCAAUUCGCUUUUUUCGUCGCACUAUCUACGAUCAUUACCAUUAAAAGAAGCGCUUGAUUGUAAACUUCACGUUUCACAAGAUUUUAAAAGUCGUUAUCGUUAUUGGCCAGUAUUUUAGAGACAUAGUUUAUACAUCGGUAGGUUUAACAUUUUCAGAACAAUUCUGCCUUAGAUUAUAGGAUACAUACACAAACAUGGAAAAUUAAUAUUUCGGGAGUUUUUAUGAUUUCUACACGUGUAAUAUAUUGUCCUUUUGAACAAGGUUUCUUUUAUCUCUCUUAGAUAAAUGAAGAGCGAGACAGCAAAGAUCAGGUAGCCUACCAAAGUCUCACAUUCACCUCACAAUUCAAGAUUGCGCUGUACGAUCAAUAGUUUGCCAAACACGGCAAAGAAAAAGUAAAGGUAGACAGCACUACACUGAGAUCCACAUUAGAAAAAGAGGAAAAAAAGAAACAAAUCCCCAAACUCGUGUUUUAAUUUUAGGCGAACGAUUUCAUGUAAAAAAAAGAAAGCUGUUUUGAACCUUGUCAGUUAUGGCACCAAUUAAGAUUUUAAAGUAAUCUUCUCUUUACCGUCUUUUUCAUCAGACUUCAGGCGAUAGUAUCGCCUCCUGUAUUUGUCAUGGAUGUUUUUGUUGUUGUAAACCCGAAACCGAAAACAAACGAGGAGAGGUUUGUUAGAGUUGAUUAAUUACUUCAGUAAAUGGAUCAUUUUGUCCUACCACAUAUGCGUAUAAGUGACAACACUUAUUAAGGGCAACAGAUCCAGGCUGCAAGAAAAAUAGAUCAUGUAUCUUUUAAGUAUAGAUAAACGUCUCAGGUUAGCCUUACAAUUCACGAUUGCGCUCCACAACCAAACUGAGUUUGCCAAACCGGCUGCUGUGAAAAGGGUUGAGAAAAAGAGUAAAGGUAGACACCUGGCGCAGAAUGGCUUUUGUUUGAAGGACAUAUUACUUACUUAAUGGCAUAAAUUACCUAGGUCGCACUGGAGCUCCCGUGUGGGUCCUCGAUGGACUCUAAUUGGUUGCAGUUUGCCCUUACUUAAAAUUGCCUGCAGUUGCGAAUACCCGGUGGAACUGAACUGUCCAUCAAAUGUACAAGCAGAGAGCAGACAAUAGAGUUUCGAGCAAUCCCGUUAAUACGUAAUAAUAGCUCGUUCAUCAAUGUACGAAUGAACGUGUUAGCUGUUUGUUGACAGCGACAGUUAUUUAGGCGUUUAUGCCGCGUCACCUUUUAGACCCUUCCAUUGUGUCAUCUGGUUUUCAUAAAAUCUGAAAUUAAACAGUUGGGUUCGCUCGAGUUGGGUUCGAACUGAACUCUCAGCGCACUCUCUCGCUCAUGUUUGAGAGUUUCUGCAAAUCAUAAUUACUUAAUAACAGCUCGCCUAUCAAUGCAUGAGACAACAAGUCAGCAUAAAGUUUGUUUUCAGAGGCAAUUGUUCAGGCGUUUUAAGCUGUUCUUAAACACAUUCAUAAAUGAGAAAAAAGUAAAGGUAGACACCACUACAUUGAUAUUCACGUUGGAAAAAGGGGAAAACAAGAAACAAAUCAAAAAACUCCUGUUUUAAUUUUAGGCAAACGAUUUAAUGUAAAAAAAAGAAAGCUGUUUUGAACCUUCUCAGUUACAGCACCAAUUAAGAUUUUUAAGUCAUUUCCUCUUUACUUUUUCAUCAGACCUCGGGCUAUAGUUUCUCCUCCUGUAUUUUUCAUGGAUGUUCUUGUUAUUGGAAACCUGAAAUCGAAUACAGCCGAGGAGAG